ACAGCCAAUGUGGAUUGGUCUGCAGGCUUGUCCUUCAGUUGAGGCAGGGGCACUACCAACAGCAGGCGGCUGUUUGUCGGCUCAGACAUGAACUCCUUGGAACAGGCCGAAGAUCUGAAGGCCUUUGAGAGAAGACUGACAGAGUAUGUCUCCUGUUUGCAACCUGCAACAGGCAGGUGGAGAAUGAUUCUGAUAGUGGUGUCUGUUUGUACGGCGACUGGGGCUUGGAACUGGUUAAUAGACCCCGACACACAGAAGGUCUCUUUCUUUUCAUCGCUCUGGAAUCAUCCCUUCUUCACCAUCAGCUGCAUCACUCUAAUAGCUCUCUUCUUUGCCGGAAUACACAAACGAGUUGUGGCCCCAUCAAUUAUCGCUGCCCGCUGCCGCACAGUUUUAGCAGAAUACAAUAUGUCCUGUGAUGACACGGGGAAACUUAUUCUCAAACCACGACCAAACAUCCAAUAACAACAAACUUGUGCGUGCUGUUCAGACGAUGUAGCUGAUCAGGUGUUGACACUGAAUCUUUCAGGUGUUCAGAGCAGCACCAAGGGCAGCAGCACUGAGGCAGAUUCUUGUCAUCAUGGUGGGAAAUGCAUUUGGAACAUGGAAAUGAACUGAUGUUUUAACGGUGUCGCUGUGCUGAUGUCAAUAUUGAAGCUGCUGACCUGCUCACAUACCCUUUGACCUAUUUUACACAUUCAGUGUGAGUUCAGUUGUGUUUAUUUCUGUUUCUGAUGUUAAGCAUGUAUUUUAUCUAAAUGUUUCUAUUUUUAAAAUUAUUUGCCUAAUAAAAACAUCAGGUGUGAGAAUAAGCCUCA